AGACUGGGUACGACUUUAUCCUUGGCACUCCCUGGUCUCGCCGGUUCCGUGGCACAGAGGCCGAAUGUGCGACCGAGACACUCGUUCUCAAAACGAAGUGUGGUCAGACCCAUCGCGUCCCGUUCAUUGGAACCACGGGCGACACCCCGCCCGACCUACCUCCCAGGACCCUCGUCCCUCAGGGUCCCACCCCAACAUCGCAUUCACUUCCCCUCGUCAGUUUGCUCACUUCAUACGACAGGAGGACGUCACGUUCUACUCAGUGAACGUCAUGGAUCUUUUUCGCUAUGAUCCACCAAGUCCCGAGGUUGAGCUCAUCUCUCUGGAGCCCGAUCCCCCUGACCCUCCUUCCAUCUUCGCGGCUCCCAUCUCUACAUCCACUCGUCAGCCUGCGGAUACCUCCUCCACGUCUCAGGCCCCUGCGCCGUCGACUAUCGAGUCCACACAUACGUCUCGUGCUGACGCAGACGCUGAGGAACUCACACGGUUCACGAUAGACUUAGAGCCCUCCGUUCGCGACCUGAUUCGAGAGUACCGCGACGUCUUCCCCCCCUAUUUCUCAUGCAACGAGAUUCCCCCGAUGCGCGGUGUCGAGCAUUCCAUCCAGCUCAUGCCUGACUAUCGUGUUCACCAUCAGGCACCAUACCGACUCUCGAUUCCAGAGGCGACGACAUUCAAGCGUCAGCUUGAGGAGCUCCUUCGACUGGGUUUCAUUAAACCCACUAACUCCCCUUGGGGUGCACCUGUCCUCUUUGCUCGGAAAGCGGACGGAACUCUCCCCCUCUGCAUCGACUACCGCGGCCUUAACCGUUACAUGGUUAAGAACAACUAUCCCAUGCCCCGUGCGGAUGAGCUGUUUGACCGUCUGGCAGGCAACCGCUUCUUCACGAAGAUCGAUCUUCGUAGCGGUUACCACCAGAUUCGCGUUGCCACAGAGGAUCAACCGAAGACCGUCUUCCGAUCGAGCUUCGGCCGCUACAAGUUCACGGUGAUGCCAUUCGGCCUCACCAAUGCACCCGCCACCUUCCAGACGGCGAUGAACGACAUCUUCAGGAACAUCCUUGAAGAAUACUUUCUCGUAUACCUGGAUGACAUCUUGGUCUACAGUCGUACCUUAGAAAACCAUCUCAGACACCUCCGCGAUGUCCUACAGCGCUUACGCAAGCAUGACUUCUAUGCCAAGAUCAGUAAGUGCCGCUUUGCCCAGUGCAAAGUGAACUUCCUAGGACACCAUGUGUCUGACCAGAGUCUCCACAUGGACGACGCAAAGAUCACUCCUACUGCAGAGUGGCCCGUCCCCACAUCUGCCAAGCAGCUUCGCAGUUUCCUAGGCCUCACCAGCUACUAUAGUAAUUUUAUCCAGGGAUACGCUAGGUAUUCCUACGUCCUUACCUCAACCCUCCUCCGGAAGAACCCGCCGUGGUUUUGGACACUCCUGUGCGAGGACGCCUUUCGCGCCCUUAAGAAGGUGGUGACCUGUGCACCGGUUCUUCGCCUUUCCGAUUUUGAUCGUCCCUUUAUCGUCACCACCGAUGCGUCAGACUUUGCAGUAGGAGCUGUCCUUUCUCAGGUGUUUCCCUCUCCUCCAGAUUCACCUUACCCCCAUAUCCCUCCUUCCCCCCCCCCUCCUGCUGACACUGCUUCUCGACUGAUGCCUACCCUCCCUUCCCUUCCCUCCACUGACAGUCCUCCUGUUACUUACUCUCCGACCAUCGUGGAGGAUGGGACUGUCGAGGUUCGUGCUGGGGAUUGCCUGAUCGCUUUCUACUCCCGUCAGCUACUGUCUGCCGAGAUAAACUACACUGCCGAUGAACGUGAGGUUCUCACAGUAGUUUAUGCUACCUGGCAUUGGCGUCAUUAUCCGCACGGGGCGCCCUUCACGGUGCGCACGGACAACUCAGUUGUCCAGGCUUUCCUCACGAAGCCUAAGCUUUCCCCUCGACAGGCACGCUGGUGGCGUGAUUUAUCCGAGUUCAGUUUCACCACUCAGCCCAUCAAGGGUGAAACGAACCGCGUCGCCGACGCCUUGUCCCGCCGUCCUGAUCACAAUCAGGAACCCAUCCAUCUUGCUGCCAUCUCUAUCACCACUGUUGAUCAGUCGGUGAUCGACGCGUAUCGCACUCAGUACCGCCACUGCCCCGAUUAUCGCGUCAUCCACGCGACACUGCGGAGUGGCAAAACCGUUCCUUCCUACUCCCUCGGGGAGAACGACCUCGUGUACUGACAUGGCAGAUCUGGCCAGCUAGAACCACAUAUCUGCGUUCCCUCCACUGGACAACUCCGCGUCCAGGCUUUAGUA